AUGGCGAAGGGGGACAGUGGAGGGGUAGUACAGGAGCAGAGGGACAAUGUAGGAGUGGUAGUACAGGAGCAGUGGGACAAUGUAGGAGUGGUAGUACAGGAGCAGGGGGGCAAUGUAAGAGUGGUAGUACAGGAGCAGGGAGACAAUGUAGGAGUGGUAGUACAGGAGCAGUGGGAUAAUGUAGGAGGGGUAGUACAGGAGCAGAGGGACAAUGUAGGAGUGGUAGUACAGGAGCAGUGGGACAAUGUAGGAGGGGUAGUACAGGAGCAGAGGGACAAUGUAGGAGUGGUAAUACAGGAGCAGAGGGACAAUGUAGGAGUGGUAGUACAGGAGCAGUGGGACAAUGUAGGAGGGGUAGUACAGGAGCAGAGGGACAAUGUAGGAGUGGUAGUACAGGAGCACGGGGACAAUGUAAGAGUGGUAGUACAGGAGCAGGGGGACAAUGUAAGAGUCAUAGUACAGGAGCAGAGGGACAAUGUAAGAGUCAUAGUACAGGAGCAGAGGGACAAUGUAAGAGUCAUAGUACAGGAGCAGAGGGACAAUGUAAGAGUCAUAGUACAGGAGCAGAGGGACAAUGUAAGAGUCAUAGUACAGGAGCAGAUGGACAAUGUAAGAGUCAUAGUACAGGAGCAGAGGGACAGUGUAAGAGUCAUAGUACAGGAGCAGAGGGACAAUGUAAGAGUCAUAGUACAGGAGCAGAGGGACAAUGUAAGAGUCAUAGUACAGGAGCAGAGGGACAAUGUAAGAGUCAUAGUACAGGAGCAGAGGGGCAAUGUAAGAGUCAUAGUACAGGAGCAGAGGGACAGUGUAAGAGUCAUAGUACAGGAGCAGAGGGACAGUGUAAGAGUCAUAGUACAGGAGCAGAGGGACAAUGUAAGAGUCAUAGUACAGGAGCAGGGGGGCAAUGUAAGAGCGGUAGUGUAG